CACCACUCUUUCACAUCUCUCUCUAAUCUCUCGACUAUUUCUGCUCUUUAUAAUUCGCCAGAAAAAAUGGAGGGCAAGAGUAUGACGCUUGUUUUCGCAUUGGUCUGCGUGAUUGUCGCAGGCGUCGGCGGCCAAGCUUCGGCAGCCGCGCCGACAACCACCACCACUCCGGCCACCCCCGCUGCUCCCGCCACUGCACCAACCACCACACACCCGCCGCUAGCAAGCCUGCAUCGCCAGCUCCCGCUUCUUCUCCGCCGGCUGCUACUCCUUCCUCGCUCCUCCAACCGCAGCACCGGUCGCUACGCCGCCAGCAGCAGCGGUGACUCCAGUCAGCACUCCUCCAGCUGCAUUCCAGUCAGUUCUCCUCCGCCUGCAGCGGCUACUGCUCCUCCUACCCCUGCUCCCGUCGCCGCUGCUACGCCUACCGCCUCUCCUCUUGCCGCCGAUGUCCCGGCCCCGGCUCCCAGCAAGAAGUCGAAGAAGGAGAGCGAAUCUCCAACUCCGUCGCCUUCAUUGACGAGCCCUCCCGCUCCUCCUGUCGGCGCCCCCGGACCUAGCGCUGAAGCUAACGCCCCUGGUCCCGUCAUUGCCGAUGAGAGAUAGAGGCGGGGCUGCUAGAGACAAAGGCGAUGCCGCGUUUUGAAAUUUUUGACCCAGUCCGAUGCGUUGGCGCUUGAGUCUCCAGCGCCCCCGCCUUCACCUCUCAUUUAUUUUAAACCGCCGCGGGCCUCUCCUUUCUUAUCUUCUUCUUCUUCUUCCUCCUCCCACACCACACUACUCCCGAACCAAACCACGCCGCCGUCACAAGAAACCCCGACGCAGUCACAGGCGCCACCGUCGCAGAUCGAGGCGCCGCCGCCUGAGUUCGACGGAGAUGUCGUCCGACGAAGAAGAAGUAGUCGCCGACAGAGGCAGGGGGAGAGGUCGACAAGGUGAGAGUCUCGCCGGCGACCGUUUUUUUUAAUUAAUGUUUAGCAUUUUUUUAAUUAAUGUUUUUGUUGCUUUGCUUUUGCAGUUCCUAGGCUUAUAGACCCUUAUUCGAUGAGACUACCGCCAGCGACAAUUGAUCCAGCUCCAGUCGAUCCGGUAUUUCUUUGGGGACAUGACCAACAUCGUAUCGACUCAGUUUGAGCAAAUGAGGUAAGUAUUUGAUAAUUAUUCAUGUAAAGUUAAUUAGCUAGUUAGAUUAGAUUAUUUUAGUUGGUGAACUGAACUGUACUGAAAUUAUAUUAGGAUUACAUAUCAAAUUUUUAGUAUAAUUUGAGAUUAGAUUAGAUAGAUUAGAAUUUAUUAGGUGAAAUUAGAAUUAUUACGAAUGUAAUUGAAUUAAUAUAAGUUUUGUGCACUAUAGGUUGGUGAUUGAUCUUACCAUGUUCGAGGUACGACCAAUUUAGUGACGUACCAUGAGCGUUAUCAGCCAUAUCUCGAAUCGGCUGGCUUGUCUAGUGUUUUGCACCUGGUCCCUAUGAACUCUGAUGCGAGUUUGAUUACUACGCUCGUAGAGCGGUGGUGACCCGAGUCGUCGACCUUCCAUUUAUCGUUUGGUGAGGUCACGAUUAGAGGACGUUGUGACACUGUCCGGUCUGGUGAUCGACGGUUGACACGCCAAAACACAACACCUAACAAUGGCCAAGUGUAACCAAUGAAAGGGACUGCAGUAU